UAUAUGUCCAAAUUUACGGUCAAAAUAAAGAAGUUUGAUUGUAAAGUUAAAUCGUAUAUGUUCUGUGAGGAUUCCAUUAAUUUGCAUUCAAAAUAGUGAUUGUUUGAAUUCCACUGAAGGAUCUACCAUUUCCCUGUUUAUAUUAACUCCAAAACACGAGAGAGUGGCUGCAUUGUUAGCUGUUUCAAAUAGUGUUUUAAUUGCUAGAGUCCAACGUUAAUCUGGACUUUGGGUGCAAAGAUGUAUUGCGGUGAGAAUAUGGAGUCCAAUGUUUAUUUUCACGUACAAGAUGAGGCAGAAAGGCUGCUUAAAGAGAUUGAACUGAUGAUGAAGAAUGUUGAGAACUCUGAAUUGUAUGCUGGAAUGCGCUUUGAUCUCAAACACAAUGAAACUUUUCAACAACGUUUUCUUUGCCUUUUAGGCUCCCAUUCACAUGUUCAGGUGGUAAUUUAUGCGUUGGGAAGCAUGGAAUCCAGUUUCAAUUCACAGUUUCAGCUUGCCGUAGUUCUCCUACUAAAACGAGAUUUUCCCAAUUGGAUUGGCAAUAUAGAAGUAUAUGAUCCUUUGAUGUCUCCAGCUGAUACCCUAGUUUUGAGAAAACUGGGUUUUGAGGUUCUAACCAUUGAUGAAAAUUGUAAGAGGCAAGUUCGGGGACCAACAAUGUUCUACAAGCCUGUUCCUAGUUAUUGGCUUAUCGGCAACCUGCUGGGAGCAAACUGGUCUUCGUCUUGUAUUAACCAGAUUUUUCUACUGACAAACUCAUUUCGCGAUUUGCUGACCAAUAUUUCACCGUGUAACCAGAAAGGAGAAACAAGGCAACGCCUAGAGAGAAUUCUCCCCUUCACAACAGAGAUUGGCAUAAAAACUAGCCAUGAGGAGAUCUAUACUAAUGUGUUCUUAGGAUUUGCUUGGCACUUCUUUGACGUGGGUCCCAAAAUUGACAUGGAAACAUCACUGCCUGUGACAAAGAUUACAAAAUAUAGAAGAAACAGCGGACAGCAACCUUGGUUGGAUUGGCAAAGGUAAAUUGAAGAAUCAUUUUUGGAAGAUAUGCAAAGUGAUAUGUCUAGUGAGGGAUUUGCAAAAUAUUUUGGUGAAUAUCGUGGGCCUCGUCGUUUAAGAUGCAACGCAGUUCCUCCUCCACCAGGUUGGAUUAAGCUAAACGUUUAUGGGAUUGGUAAAGAAGGUGACCAGUCAGGACGAUAUAGUGGCAUCUUCCAAGAUGAUACUGGAAUGUGUUUAGGCAGGUAUAGUGGUACCAUUGAUGUUGAAGACAAUGUGAUUGCUGGACUGGAGGCCUUGAGGAAUGGGUUAGUCAGAUGCGUGGAAGGAAAGUUGAAUGCACAGAAGUUGAUUGUGGAGUCGGAUAAUGUUAUACUUGUCCAAUAUGUUAAUGGUCACCCUGAGCCAAAUGAAAUAACCAUGUACAGGUUGAAAGAAAUUUUCGACCUGCUGGAACGUAUAACUUGUGCCAUUUACCAUGUGUAUGAAGAAGCCAAUGAAGCUGCUAGAGACUUGGCUCUGAGAGAUGAACCUCACAAUCGAUCAUAGAUAGCUUUGUUUUUCUGCUCACAGGGUAGGGGUGAAGCUUUCUAGUUUCAACUAAGUUUCAUAUGCCAUAUGCUAUUUAUGUUGCAGCAGACUGAUGUACACAUGGAUCACAUAGCAGACACUUCUGUGUCUUUCUGACUUCUCAGUACAAGGUUUUUUUGUUUUUCAAGUGAUGAUGAAUGCAACAAAAAAGAAAAAAGAGAAAACAAAUGCAUUCCGGAGCAAAGGCAAGCCUUAUAUGUUAAUCUAAUUUGUGUAAACUGAAGCAAUUUUCUCAAUCUAUGUUAAUGUUCAUUGAAUGUA